CCCGAUGUCCGAGGCACUCGGAGAAUGACGAGGUGCGCAAAAGGCGAAAGGCGCUGAGGGCGGCGAAGAGCAGGUAUGGAGAGAUGUAUGUGCUCCGAGGGGUUGUUAGCAGCCCGGGUGGGACAGGUCAUCCUGUAGUUCUUAUUUCGGCGGUAAAAACGCUGGAUGGUGGGAUAUUUAGCAUGGACGACGCCACCCGUCACCAGUUAUGUUGUUGCUGCCUUCUCUUUUGCGGUGAUAUAUGAUUGGGCAUUGACGUUCGGACGAGAGGU